GUUUAAUAAUAAUGAUUUUUAUUAUAAUAAAACUAUUGAUAUGAAUAUAUUUGAUCAAAAUGAUAAAAGCGAAGAAAUUCAAAAAAAAAUAGACAAAAAAGAGUACUAUGAAGCUAUUGAUAUAAAUGAACUUAAUCAAAAUAAUAAAAGCAAAAAAACUCAAAAAAUGAAGAGAAUUCGAAAGAAUACUGUUCAUAAUAGUACAAAAGAAA